AUGUCGGCGCUGGAUGCACUGGUCUAUUUUAAUCACAAAUUGAAAUCGAUCACUUUUGCGAACGGUUCAACGUAUGGGGAUUUAAUUGAUAUACUUGGUAGAACAUUAAAAAUCGAUUUCACAAAAUUAUGUAUUCAACUUUGGGAUGACACCUAUAAAGUGUAUCUCGAUUUAGACGAAGAAUAUUUUGACGAAGUGAAAGAUCUAAUACAUAAAUCAUUAUCGGAGAAAGCAUUUUCAAUAUCGUUUCGAUUUAUUAGAAGAGCAUUUCCCUGUCCAUUACCAAAAACUCCACGCGCGAUCACACGACAACCAAGUGCCGACAAAAGCGCAGAUUGUCAAUUCGAUGAACCAGAUACAGACGGUGAUCUUUAUGAUGCCCAAGUCAACCUACAUACGUUCCGUUUUAGAAUGGCAGAAUCAUUUAUUCGACAUUAUAAUGAUGAGGUUCUGUAUGGUGAUGAACUACCUCUAUUGUAUUCUAAUAUGAAUGAAUUAAAUUCACGUUCUGUAGUUCCUCGAAAAUCAUUAGAAAUGUCGAUUAUUAAUAUGACAAACAUCACAUUUGCUGAUAUUGAUGAUGAACAAGAAGAAGAAUCGUCAAUUCACAAUGAUUUUACUCGACAGAUCGCAGCAAAAUUCCAACAUAAUAAACUGACGAAUGGCAAUACAAAAAUAGGUGAUAAUGACGUUCAAUCAAAGUCAUCGCUCAAAAAUGAACUUAUUCUUUAUGUUAAAAAUAUCAUACUUAGUGAACAAAGAGAAUAG